AUGGCGCCAAACACAUUCACUCUAACACCCUCUUCAAUCUCCCCUGCCGCUUUCGCAAAUAAGCAUAUUCUCAUCACCGGUGGCUCCUCAGGAAUCGGUCUCUCAACCGCCGAACUCCUUCUCUCCUUCUCUGCCAAGCUUACAAUCCUCGACCUCAACUCUCCUCCCUCAACCUCAGCCCUGCAUAAUAAUAAGUCUGUAUUAGUCAUCACUGGUGACAUCAGGGAUUGGAAAUACCAACGCGCAGCUUUUGCUCAAGCUGUUAAACACCAUGGGGAAUUGGAAGGUGUAUUUGUAAACGCCGGUAUCGGCGAGAAUUCCGAUGUCUUCUUUACAGACGAAUUGGACAAAGAUGGAGAAUUGAAGGAAAUUGACCAUAAAGUACUUGACAUCGAUAUCCGAGCUGCAGCCGACACCACCAAGCUGGCAAUUCAUCACAUGAGGAAGAACAAUGGUGGUAAAGGCAGCGGUAGCAUCGUCCUUACCGCCAGUUUAGCCGGAUACCUUGCCUCCAAGGGAUUACCACUGUAUAGUGCCGCAAAAUUCGGUAUCGUUGGUCUCAUGAGAUCCCUCAAAAAUGACGUCUCGCGACUCAACAUCGCAAUUUCCGUCGUCGCUCCAGCAAUCACAGUCACCCCACUCCUCACCAAAGACGGUGCUCUCACACUUGAUUCUGAAGUUAGCAAGAUGACAAACUUUGGUGUUCCGCUUAACAAAGUCGAGACAAUCUCCACAGCCACAGCGUGGUUAUUAUCUCUCGGCCAGAAGAGCAACGGCAAGGGUAUCCUAUGUCAAGCAGAUAAGCUAAUCGACAUCGAGGAAGGCCUCGCCACAAGCAGGACAGCUUGGUUGGGUGAUGAGAUGCUGGGAUACUUCAGAAACGGCCGGGGCAUGAAGGACUUUAGCAAGUUGAAGUCCAAGAUCUAA